AUGGUCUUGGAAAGUCUAAGCGUAAGAGCUCAACUGUUAUUCUCAUCAUUUGCAUGUGAAAGUCUUUAUGCAGUUAUUGAUUUGCAACUUUCAGAGCUUAAAAGUCAUUUUAAUGAAGUGAACACUGAUCUACUUCUUGGCAUGGCUAGUUUGAGUCCCGAGAAUUCUUUUGCAAAUUAUGAUAAAAACAAGAUCAUGAAGCUUGCUACUUAUUAUCUAAAUGAGUUAAGUGCUUCCAAACUUGAAGAUCUUAGUUAUGAUCUUGACAAUUAUAUUUACUAUGUGAGAGAAGUGGACAAGGCUUUCUCAAAGUUGAAAGGACUUGGAGAUCUUUCGAUAGCAUUGGUUAAAACAAAUAUGCCCAAGACAUGA